UCGACUGACUCCACUCCCACCCUUCCCCCCGAUGCCAUCCAGCGCCGGCGGCGGGAUGGAGACGGAGCCCGAACAGCCAAAGGCCGCCGGCGGCGGGGGCCACCGCAAGCACCUGGCCAUGCUCGAGCGCCUCUCCAAGCGCUCAUCCUCCUCCUCCUCCGCCGCCGCUGGCGCUUCCUCGGACUCCACCAGCGCCUCCCCCGUCGAGGCCUUCCUCACCCGCUUCGCCGCCGCCAAGCUCGCCGCGGAGUCGGCGCUAUCCGCCUGUCGUGCAUCCUCGCCCGAAGGCGACGCGGCCGCCUCCCUGGCCGCUGCCGCGGCCGCCAUCGAUGACCUCGACCGCCUCGUCGCGGAGUCGUCGCACGCGCUGCCCCCAUACGAGCUGCGAUCCGCCCUCGCCACCGCCGCCGACCUCCGCGCGGCACACAGGGCGGCUGCCUCUGAGAUCCGCCCCAAGAAGUCAUUCUCGUUCAGGAACAAGAGCAGGGCCCCGAAGAACCCGCCUCAAGAUCCUGCCACCGUACCACAACCACAGCCGCCGCCUCCGGAGCAGCCGAAGCCCAGUAUUGACGCGAUCCUACCAGGGUUCGGGUUCCGGGGCAGGAAUGGCGCCACCUUGGUGAAGGAUCUGCGAGUCUCCAACGACAAGGAUGGGGAUUUCACGCUCGCGGAUUUGGUUUCCUGCGAGGUCUAUCUCAAGGGCACAUGCCGGGCGCUUUAUGUCCACAAGCUGAGAGAUUGCCGUGUGUUCGUCGGUGCUGUUCUUGGCUCGGUGCUCAUAGAGGAUGUCGAAGGUUGCACUUUUGUAAUGGCAGCACACCAGAUCAGGAUUCAUGAGGCGAAGGCGACGGAUUUCUACCUGCGGGUGAGGAGCAGGCCGAUCAUUGAGGAUUGCAGUGGUGUGAGGUUUGCACCACAUGCUUUGGAGUAUGAUGGGAUUGAUGAGGAUUUGAAGGAGUCCGGGCUCGAGGAGGAGACUGGUAAUUGGGCUAAUGUGGAUGACUUCAAGUGGCUCAGGGCAGUGCAGUCACCGAAUUGGUGUUUGGUUCCAGAGGAAGAGCGGCUGCAGACUGUCGACAUUUCAGAGGUUCACGAACAGGAGGAUGAUAGCUGAGCUACUUGGGAGGGUUUGCUGUCAGUCUAAUUUUGGUUUAUCCUUCUGGGUUCUUGGUUGGUUAUUGAAUAGUUUAUGCCUAUGCCUUAUAUGGGAGUUAGGUUUUGUUUUUUGGGACAAUGUACAAACCCUUGCUGAAUUGGGAAAGUGAAGAAUGGAAUUGUUAGUGUAUCAAAACAAUAUUGUACACUCUGCAUACCCAAUAGUAAUAAGGACACACAUUUUGGUUGCAGAUCUGGUGUUGUAGCAUCAACACUUCUUUACAGCUAUGUGGAGAAAAGAAAUUGUCUAUCUGAUUCUGUGAUA